AGGACUGAUGAUGUCAGGGUGUCGUGUUGUCGGGUAGAGAGGCUCUGCAGGACGGGCAGGAGAGCCGGUGACUGUCGGGUGGUUCUUUUUCUUUUAGCAAACAAAGUUCUGGAAAUAACCGUGAGGAUGGAGGAACCGAGAACGGAAUAAGACCCGGUUCACCUGAAGAACGGAAUAUGACCCGGUUCACCUGUGGAGCGGAAUAAGACUGGUUAUUCUGCGGAGCGGAAUAAGAACCGGUUCAUUGUGGAGCCAGCGCAUCCAUGCGGGGGUUCUAGGAGAGUCUCUGGGGGGUCGUCGGAGCGCAGAGGGGUUGCUGCUGAACCGGACUCCGGGAGGUCGGGAUCCUAAAGACGGUACGUUAGUGUGACGUCUCUACGGUUCUUCACGGAGAGGAGGAGGUCGUGACCCGGGAUGUUGUGGUUCCAGGAGCGAUGACCUGGCUGAAGGAGGUGGACCGCUGGCCCGGGGGAACCCGGGAUCCGGACCGGGACCAGGGGGACCCGGACCUCCAGGGAGAGCUGGUCCAGGUGGUCCUGGAGGGGGGGUCUCCGUGGGGCUUCACCCUGAAGGGAGGGCGAGAGCACCGGGAACGGCUCAUCAUCACCAAGGUGGAGGCGGGCCCCGGGGCCGGGGGCCUCCAGGUGGGGGACGAGGUGGUCCAGGUGGGGGGGGUCCCGCUGGGGGGCUGGAGGCAGGAGGCCAUCGCCAUGGUGAAGAGCGCCCAGCGCACCCUGGUGCUGGGGGUCCGACGGAGGGAUGAGGCCGCCUCCCGCACCCCGUCCUGGCAGACCUCCAGGCUGAGCCAGGACCCCCCCGACCCCAAAGUGCCCCCCCCCCCCGUCUGGCAGCCCCUGCAUGAGACCAGGCCCAGAGAGGUUCCGGGCCCCGGGGGCCCCACAAGCCAGCGCUGCCCCUCCAUGGAGAGACCGGACCGCCCCAGAGACCCCUACCAGUCCGGCCCCCUUCCCCCAAACGCCCUUGACCCCCCGCCUGGGGGGCCCCCCUCCAGGGCCCCUGACCCCGGGUGGCCCCCCUCCAGGGACUCCGGCUUCAGCUGCUUCUCGGGGUCCUCCAGCCCCCCCGAGCCCGACCACGCCUUCCUCCCGCCCCGCCGGGGCCCCUGUUCCGAGGACAUGUUCUUCAAGGGCCCGCCCAGCGAGGGGGCCCCCGGCCCGGCGGAGCGCCCCCCCUGGUACCUGCAGCCGGCCCUGGGGACCAGAGGCUGGGAGCGGCCUCGCGCCGAGGACCGGGGGCCCGUCCCGGGGGGCCGGGGGGGCGCAGGGCCCCUGUGGCAGGUCCCGGAGAGGAGCCGGCCCCGGGGCCCCCCCCCGCCGCUGGCCCCCCCGCAGCGCAACGACAGCUUCGCGGCCACCAGGGUGUUCCCCUACGUCGACAGGCCCCUCGCCCACCGGCGGGGCCCCGGCGGCCGGCCGGAGGAGGGGCCCCCCGGGGCCAAGGACCUCCUCCGCCCGGACGUGGCCCCGGGCCCCCGUCCCGGACGCCUGCCCCCCCCAGGCCGGCUUUUCUCCAGCUCCAGCACCGACGUGCGUCAGGGGGGCCCCUCCUACGCGGCCCUACUGGCCCGGCACCACAGGGGCCACAGCGACGAGACCCCCCUGCCCCCCCGGGGCCCGGGGCCCCCCCGGACCUCGUUGCCGCAGAGCGUGGGGAGCUACUACCGCAGCCUGCAGGACAUCCCGGCCGACGCCCGCCGGCUCCCCGGGGCCCCCGCCGCGCUCUCGGCUUUGGGGGCCUUGCUGGACCCCGUCCCGGGGAGCGGGGGCCCGGUCCGGUACGGCGGCCCCCCGGCCAGGGGGGGGGCGGUGGAAGACCCCCGGAAAGACCCCGGCUCGGCCCCGCCCCCGUCCCAGACCCCCUGCUUGGACCCCCAGGGCCGCGGACCCCCCUCAGGUCAGGGGGAGGGCGGUCCCCCAAAAACCCCCGGAACCCCGGACCCCUGGGUCCCUCAGGAGGACCGCCGCAUCUCCCGGACCAGGACCCCCUUCCUGCACUCCCUGGCCCAGGAGGGCCGCGCCCUGCUACCGAGGGACUCGGUCGUCGCCGGCGGCAAUGCCCCGCCCGCCACGGAGACUGGGAGGCCCGGGAGCCUGGUCGCUAGGCAACCGCAGGCAGCUUCCGUCGGCAACCCCUCAAGUGAACCCCGGGGCCCCGGCUCUGGUCUGGGGGCCCCCGGCAUAGGGGCCGGUCUGGGGGCCCCUCCUUCCGGGGCCAAUCUGAUGGUCCCCGGCUCCGGUCUGGGGUUCCCCGGCUCCGGGACGGGGGGCCCCAGGCCGGUCCGCAGGGGGCAACGCUAUGCCACCGCCCUGAGACAGCAGGUCCAGACGAAGAGGGCCCAGCUGCUGAAGAGCCGCAGCGCCGCUCCCCUGACCUGUGAGGGGCAGGGGGGGGGGCAGGAGGAGGAGGAGGGGGGGCACGAGGGGCAGGAGGGGCAGGGGACCACCUCCGCCUGCUCCUCCUCCUACAAGGACCACCUGAAGGAGGCGCAGGCCCGCGUGCUGCAGGCCACCUCCUUCCAGAGGCGGGACCUGGGGCCGCCGGGCCCCGAUGGGAGGGCCCCCCCCCUGCCGGCCCAGGUCGGGCGCCAGAGGCGGCCCCCCCGGAGGGUGCACUCCUUCUCCGAGCCGGACAAGAUGGACCGGGUUGGCCGGGGGGAGGAGUCCCGCGGGGGGGAGGGGGGCGGGAGGAGGUCGGCCUUCGCCAGACCCCUCCUCAAGACCGGACCGCGGGGGUCCACAGCAGACCCCCGCGGUGAGGCCGGGCCGGGACUGGACCGGGGGACCUCUGCGUCCCGGGACGUGGACACCGGGGUCCCGGUCCAGCCUCUGCGGGACCGGGACCAGAGGCUCGGGACCUUCGCUGAGUACCAGGCCACCUGGACCUCCGCCAGGAGGCCGGCGGGGGUCCCGGCCAAGGGGAGGUACCGGUCCGCAGAGGACAUCCUGGACCCCCAGCCCGACCACGCCGCCGCCACCUGCGUCCACGAGCGGUCGCGCUCGUCGCCCUCGGCGGACCUCUGCUUGUCCACGAAGGGCUCUGGUCCCUGGGGAGACGCCGGGAACCCGGCCGGGACCACACUGCACGACGCCCCGCAAGGCAGCUGGCCCCACGGGUCUCUGGGCGCCGCCGCAGCGCUGCAGUCCUCAGAGCCAGAGGCCCCGCCCACCCCCCUCGACCACGCCCCCAGCCCCGCCCCCUCGUCGCCCCUGCCCCCCCGCCCCCCCCUGGAGGAGCCCCCCCCCAGAGAGGAGGCGGGACCCUGUGAGGGCAGCCCCCCCACCAGGACGGCCCCCGUGAGGAUCGUCCAAUCAGAGUGCUCGGAGCGGGAGGGCCGGGCCUACCUGCCCCCCCCCCAGCAGCAGACCUCCACCACCUCCUCCUCCAACCCCCUCCCUGGUCCCCCGACCCCACCCAGCCUGGGCCCUCCACCCCUCCCCUCCCCCGCAUCCUCCUCCUCCCUCUUCAGCGUAUACACCCGCCCUCCUCCUCCUCCUUCACCUCCAACCUUGGUCCAGCCCACCCCCACCCAGACGGGGGCUCUGGUGGUCUGCCCUAGAGGAGGUGAAGGAGGAGGAGGUGGUGGUGAUGGAGGAGGUGAUGGUGAAGGAGGUGGUGGUGAUGGUAAAGGAGGAGGAGGAGGAGGAGGAGGUGGUGAAGGAGGUGAUGGAGGUGAUGGAGGAGAAGGUGAAGGAGGUGGAGGAGGUGAUGGAGGAGGGGGAGGGGAGGAGGAGGAAGCCCAGCGGGAGCGGCUGUGCCAGGCCAUCGGGGUUCGGGACCGGGCCCUGGCUGAGGUCCUGGACCGGCGCGGGAUGCGGACCACCAUGGACCUGAUGGAGGGGUUGUUCCCCCAGGAGGGGCCCCCCAGGGACCAGCGCCGCAGGGGCCCCAUGGGGCCCCGGCCGGCCGCCGAGGACCCCCCCGGGCCCCUGGUCCCCAGCUCCUCCUACUACAGCACCUCGGCCCCCAAGGCAGAACUCCUCAUCAGGAUGAAGGACAUACUCCUGGAGGAGGAGCCGGAGGAGCAGGGGGAGGAGCCGGACCAGCAGGACCUGGUCCUCAAGAAGAGGGCGCUGAUCCUCAGCCUGGCCCAGAAGCUGUCGGUGCUGCGGGAGGCGCGUCUGGGCCUCCAGGAGGAGCUGCAGCAGAACGAGGCCCUGGGUCGGGAGGUGGAGGCGGGGGUCCAGCGGCUCUGCCCCCCCCACCAGCUCGACAAGUUCCGCAUGUUCGUGGGCGACCUGGACAAGGUGGUCAGCCUGCUGCUGUCGCUGGCCGGCCGGCUGGCCCGCACCGAGAUCGCCCUGGGGGCCGCCGGGGAGGGAGCCCCCGACACGGGGGAGAGGAGGACCCUGGAGGAGAAGCGUCUGCUGCUCCUCCGUCAGCACGCCGACGCCCUGGAGCUGAAGGCCAACCUGGACCGGCGGGAGUGCGUGGUGAGCCGGGUGAUGGAGGCCCGGCUGGACCCCGGGGCCCUCGAGGACUACCGGCACCACGUCCGCAUGAAGGGGGCCCUCGCCACCGAGCGGCGCCUGCUGGACGACCGGCUGAAGCUGGGCGCAGAGCAGCUGGCCUGCCUCAUGGACAGCCUGCCCCCCGACCAGAGGCCCCUCCUGGGGGCCCUAGACCCGGGGCCCCGCUGGGUCUAGGACCAGGACCGGGACCCAGCAGCUGGCCUGCCUCAUGGACAGAGGGGCCCCACGCCUGGGGCCCCUGUGUGUGUGUGUGUGUGUGUGUGUGUGUGUGUGUGUGUGUGUGUGUGUGUGUGUGUGUGUGUGUGUGUGUGUGUGUGUGUGGUAAUUUAUUGUAGCCUACAGAUUGUUUUUGUUUUGCUGACGAAGAACGACUUUAGGAGAUUAUUAUUAUUCCAAUAGUAUUAUUGAUUACCUAGAAGUUUUCCUGCUGUUAAAGUAUUAUCCUUUCUACAUUGAGAACGAUAACUAUAUAUAUAUAUAUAUAUAUAUAUAUUUAUUUAUAUCUAUAAAUGAUUCCGUAAUUAUAUCCUCCUAUUGUUGAUGCAGACUUUUUGUUUUAAUUUUUAAUAAUAAAACCAGUCAAACCAG